AUGAAGCACCAAACCAUCCACCCCUUCUCUUUCACCGUCAAGCAGGACGGCGCAGAAGCACAUGAAGAAGACGUAUCUCUUUCCGCCCUUUUCCCCUCACCGGAAGAGCCGCUCCGCAUCUUGAUCGCACCAUCCGGCUUCAAAGAGAGCCUCGGACCGGAGGAGGUGGCUGACUGCGUUGAAGAAGGCCUUCGUCGACUCGUUGACCAUUCGGCAGCGAUGAUCCGCAAAGUACCGCUGCACGAUGGUGGUGAGGGCUUCUGUCGAGCGGUUGUCGCUGUGCAUGGAGGGGAGACUAUCCCGGUCCAAGUUACAGGUCCUGUCGGCGAGCCUGUACAGUCGCACUAUGGCAUCAUCAGAAAAUCAGGGGUGGUUACUGGAGUCCUUGAUAUGGCUGCUGCGGCAGGCUUGCGCUUGGUACCGACCGAUGCUCGAGAUCCGACGAAGACCACCACUUACGGUGUUGGGGAGUUGAUGGCCGCGGCGCUCGAUCAAGGGUGCAGUAGGAUCAUUGUUGGCUAUGGUGAUUCGGGCACAAGCGACGGCGGUGCCGGCCUACUGCAAGCUCUCGGCGUAAAGCUCCUUGACGCCGACGAUAACGAGCUGCCAAAGGCACAGGGAGGAAGAUCUCUGGUCGAUGUCAGCAGCAUUAGCUUGAAGACUCUUCACCCGAGACUUAGGGAGGGUAAUGUCCACAUCGAAGCCGUGUGCAACGUCAUAAACGUCCUCUGCGGCGAACGCGGCGUCGCACGCAUCUACGGUCCACAAAAAGGCGCAACCCCGGAGCAAGUGGAGGGACUCUCCUUAGGCAUGGAGAGAUACGCAGAAGUCGUCAGCUCCAUACUUGGCAGCAACAUAUCCACAGAACCAGGCAGUGGUGCUUCCGGAGGGCUCGGUGCAGGCUUGCUCCUGCUCGGGGGACAGCUACGGCCACGAAGCGAAGCCAUCAAUGAUCAUUUUGCUUUCGACAGCCUAUUCGAACAGGAAUGGGACGUCGUGAUCACCGCCGAAGGCAUGAUUGAUUCGCAGUCCACCCAAGGCAAGAUGACCACGGAGAUCGCCAGACGAGGCAAGAAGAACGGUGCUCUCGUCAUCGCCCUGGCUGGUACCAUCGGUUCCGGCGCAGACUCUUGUCUCGAAUCGGGCAUUGAGGCCUUCGCCAGUAUACUGCAAGCGCCGACAUCUCUGGCGGAUGCGAUCCAGGACUCGCCGAGACUGCUGCGCGAGGGAGCUGAAAGAGUUAUGCGAAUGAUCAUGGUCGGAAUGCAGUUGCGAAGUCCCAGUCCCAGAGGUAUGAGACAGCGACCUAGGUCCCCAAGCGGCAGGAUGUCGUGGGCAGACGAGCAGAUGGUUGGCGAUGAGCUCCAGAAGAGGUUGGUGCCCAUUGCUGUGCCUCCGUGGGUCCAAAGUCCUCGUCCGCUUUCUCCAGCACGAGUAGGAACGUUCUGA